AUGGGUCGCCGUAAGAUCGAGAUUAAGAUGGUGAAAGACACCAACACAAGGCAGGUCACAUUCUCCAAACGAAGAACCGGUCUUUUCAAGAAAGCCAACGAACUUUCUAUUCUCUGCGGAUCCGAGGUUGCUAUUGUGGUCUUCUCUCCGGGAAACAAGCCUUACUCCUUCGCCCACCCCACCGUCGACGCUGUCGUCGCCAAGUUCCUCAUCCAAAACCCUGAGCGGCGUGGUGGAGGCGAUGAUGACGAGGACAGCAGCGAUGAUAAUGAUGGUGGUGCUGAUCCAGACACCUUGGACCAUUUGUUCAAGGAGACUGUGGAACAGGUGCGCGUGGAGGAAAAAGUGGGCGCGGCGCGUGAAAAGGCUAUCAAAGAGGUUGUUGAGGGAGGGAAGAAAUGGUGUGAGAUUGGUGAAUUGAGUGAACUGAAAAGGAGGGUGAGGGAGCGUCUUACUAUGUUGGAGACAGUUGAGUCCAUGAUGCUUCUUUCACAUGAACCUGUGGUGAUGGGAACCACUGUGGAUAACCAUCUUUCUAAAAUCAAGAGGAGAAGAUCAAUGAUAUAA